GGGCCCCCCCCUACCCCUCUCCCGUCCUUUCUCGGUGAGCGCGGGAGCUUCGACACAAGGAUCGCUCGCCAUGCAAUAAACGGGCGUAAAUUGGCCAUCUGUGCAGGCAGAUAACGGCGCGGACGUCACGCGGGCCCUUGUCGGGAUUUACGCCUCGGUCGGCGUCGCGGGUGGCGGAUUAAUAACGGGUCGUAAAGAAGAAAGAGGGGGGGGGGGCGUAAAAUGGAGAGUCGAUAAAGCCCAAGCGGAGGACGAUGAGCUCGCCACCGCCUCGCCAGUUGCCCUCCGCCCGGCCGAGCCCCAGCAGGCACGCCGCCGAGCGGGACAGCGAGCAGCUAGCCGUCCGGAGGCUGCCCCCCCCACGGAGCCUUCUCACGCCGCCCCCUUAUCCUCGCCGCGCCUCCGCCAUCCCCGGCUACCUGCUGCCCCCCUACCAGGAGCGGGAGGACCGCCGUCGUCUCUCCUCCCCUCCCGAGAUCUCCUGGGCCCCCCCCGCUCCUCCUCCUCCUCCUCCCGUGGCCACCCCCGUGGCUCCUCGCCGCCGAGCGCUGGGCGUCAUGCACCUCCUCCGUUUGGGUCUUGUCGCCUUCAGCUGCCUGUUCUGGGCGGCCGGCUUGGCUCUCUUCACGCUGGGCGUGUGGGCGCAGAUUUCCCUGGCCGACUUCAUGCUGCUGUCGGCCAACCGCUACCCCAACGCGCCCGUCAUCCUGCUGCUCACCGGCGCCGCCGUCACCGUCUGGGGCUUCCUCGGUUGUCUCGGGGCCGCGGCCAACCUCCCGUACGUGCUGAGGGCCUACGGCUUCUUCCAGCUGGCCGCGCUCGUGGCGGGCUUGGCCGGCGGACUCUGCGGUCUCUUCUACCGGGAGGACAUCGCCGGAGGCUUUCGCAGCGGCCUGCAGCGGGCCGUGGCCGGAUACGCGGAGGACGAAGGUCGGGCCGACGCGCUGGAUAGCCUGCAGAGGGCGCUGCGCUGCUGCGGCGCGGAAGGAUGGCGCGACUGGCUGACUUCGGACUGGGCCCUCCAGCGCGUGACCUUCCCGCCCAACGAGAACGGCACCCUGGGGUCCUUGCCGGACAGCUGCUGCAGGCGUCGCAAAGGCUGCAGGAACAGGCCGCUGCCCUCGGAGGACGAGGGCGGCGUGGUCGCCGCCGGCGUUCACCCUCACGGGUGCUUCCGGAAAGUCUUCAGCUUGGUCAACGACAACGUGUUCCACAUCGCCGCCACCGUGCUGGGCUUGGCCUUCGCCCAAGUCGGCGGCAUCGCUCUGGCGUGUCUUUUAGCUAGCCGGCUGGCGCCACGGCAACGCGUGGUGGCGAAUUGA